AUGAAAGAUCACCAGCUGCCACGCAUCACGGAUAUCCUUAACCAAAUAUUUGAUUUACCACCUCCAUCCGCCAUUGGUGAGAGCAAAAAGAAAGUCAUGUUUAAGCCAAGGAAGAGUUCCAGUGCUUCAAAACCACAUAGUGUUGCCUUGGAUGCCACUAAAGGCGGCACGCAUACAGAUGACUCUCAUACCACAUUCUCGGAUGAUGAUUAUGAAGAUCCAGACUUUGAUGCGGAUGACACAGUAGCGGCCAGUGCCACUAAUAAGAGGUCGGAAGAUCCCCUGCGCGAUGGACCUGACUCCAAAAGAUCUGGCUCCAGUGGACCUGACCCAUUGAAUACCAUCUCUUCAGCUUCAGCUCCGGCUAGCUUCAAGAGGUCACCGAAGUUACCGGCCAAAAAGCGACAAGGUUGGAGAUCCCACAACUAUGUACAUGAUAUUGUACAUUUCUUAUCCAUAAUAUGUUAUCCAGACCUCAUUCUAGGCAUAAUGCCUAUUUUAUCGAUUGAACAAGAGCGAAAAUCGGCGAGCAAAUCAAUAAGUUUCCACACCGGCUCGGGCGAGUUUUCUUCGUUAAUUGCAACCAUCUCACGAAACCAGGCAUAG